AUGAAACCAGCUAGAAAACAGGCAGAUGAAUCCAUUUUAAAAGUAGGGCCAACGAGAGUCUCGUCUACUGAUACUCCUGGCACGUUCUAUAACAUAUGGUACAACAAAUGGUCAGGCGGUGAAAGGACAUCAAAGUUUUCAAGAGAGAAAGCAAAAACACGUUGCAAUGUAGCUCUAGACGCUGGUGAAACAAAAGGUGAUAAAAUGCCUAGUACAUAUUUCUGCUUAUAUUUUGCACGUGGAUGCUGUCCUUUCGGACACGAGUGUGGUUUUUGGCAUAGAAUACCUACAGAAUCAGAUCCUGUGGACUCAACAAUUGAUGUAUUUGGACGCGACAAAUUUAACGAAUAUCGUGAUGAUAUGGGUGGUGUUGGUUCGUUUAAUAGAGAGAAUCGAACGCUUUAUGUUGGAUAUAUACACAUUAAUCCCGAUAUGGAGAAAAUAGUCAGAAAACACUUUGGUGAAUGGGGAGAAAUCGAAAAAAUUAAAAUAUUAAAAGACAAAGGCGUAGCUUUUGUAACGUAUAUGAGUUCGCUAAAUGCAGAAUUUGCUAAAGAGGCAAUGAGCAACCAGAGUUUAGAUCAUAAUGAGGAAGGUACUAAAUGUACGGUACGAUGGGCUACUGAUGAUCCAAAUCCUCGCGCCAAAGCUGAAUAUAAGAGAAAGGCAGAAGCAAUCGCGGCACAAGCAAUACAAAAAAGUCUUCCGGCUGAAUUCACACUAGGGAAUACAGAUUAUGCAAAUAAACGGCCUAAAAUGAACUUUGACUCUAUACCAGAUCAAUAUGGGCUAGAGGGGUAUCAAACGCCAUUGAGUUUGGAACAACCCGUUUAUUAUGAUCAAUCUGUUGGAGGUGGAACUGCAUCCACAGAAAAUGAUAAAGAUUCUUUGUCCGAUUAG